AUCACAAACUGCAGAGACUAAUAUUCAAAAAAAGCAAUCUCAGGAAAUUAUAGUAAUAACAGAAGAGAUACAGCAUGAGACAAGCAAUCAAGAUAUUCUACCUAAAGAUAAUUUAAAACAAAGUUCUGACGAAUCUAGGAAGGACACUAUGCAAUCUUCAGAAAGCACAAAUAUAACACAACUUAGUUCUCCUACAAAAUUAGCACAAAGCCGAUUAAAUUUCAUGAGACCAACGCCUAAAUUAGAUGGUGGUGGCAGAAUCAGAAGAAACAGCAUCCAGGGAAGUGGAGCAAGUGCAAGUGAAUCAGAAGAUGAUAGUAGGAGAGUUACUUCUGCCACUAUCAAUCAUACAAAACAUGAUUUAGUUCAUGUAACAGAAGUAGCUAAGGACACUGCUGUUAACAAUGAUAAAACAGCUAGCUUAACAAAAUCAAGAGUAGGUCAAAAGAGACGUAUUUUAGUUUCCGAAUCUGCAAGAAAAUUAGCAGAAGCUAGAAGAGAAUUUAAUUUGAAGCAUGAAAAUAAAACACCGGACAGAAAUAAACUUACUAUGUACGAUUUAAUAUAUUACAACCCUAUUACUAAUCCUAUGAAGAGAUCUAAGGAGUCUGAAACCAUAGCAAGAAGAAUUUCAACAUGCCAACCUGAAGAACUUCAAGAAGAAGAAGAACAUGAGGAUGAUCCAUCAUCUGCAAUGCCUGCACCACAAGUAAAAGUUGGACCAGAUGGUCAACUAAUAAUAGAUGAACAAAGCCUUGUUAUAGAACAAACCAAUGCUAAGAAAAACCGUGAAAUUUUAGCAAAGGAAGCUAUUAUUGAUGAUGAUACUGGAGGUGGAUUCUAUAAAAAGCGUCAAAAAAGUAAAGAAUGGCCCAGAUGGGAAACUCUAAAAUUUUAUAAAGCAUUAAAUACAGUUGGUACCGACUUUUUGCUGAUGCAAAGUCUUUUUCCAAAUAGAACACGUCAAGAAAUUAAGAUGAAAUUUAAGAAAGAAGAAAAAAUAAAUAGAAAUUUAAUUGAAAAAGUGCUUGAAUACCAUCAAGAAUUUGAUAUUGAAUUACUAGAAAAGUCAUUAGCCACGUUCGAAGAUUCAGAAAAAGAACAUUCCAAUGCACAAGAAAAACAAAAACAUAAGGGAUCAAAGGAAAAAACACUUAAAAAAGCAGAAAGAAAGCGGAAGUGCAGACUCGUAGCAACUAGUAUUGCAGAAAUGGAUGCAUCGGAUGAAGGAGAAUGUUCAGAUUCAAUGGUACAGAAUGAAAAUACAGAAGGUAAUGAAUACCAGCAUUUAUUAAAAAAGACACAGAAAAAAAAACGUAAAAAAAUAAAGGAAGAAAAGAAAACACCAGAAACGUUACCAAUUCAAACGGAAGAUGUUGAAUCAUUAAGUAUAUACUCGGGUUUUGACAGCGACACAGAAAUUUAUCAUGUACGACCAACUAGGUCUGGAAGGUUACCGAAAGUAAAAAAACUGCAAGGACCAGACAUAAAUACACUUGAUAACGAAAGAUUAAAUUACGAAUCUAGCGAUCAGGAAUCUGCAACAGCACCACAAGAUAACACAAAAAUUCUGGACAAUAUAAUAUUUGAAAAUACCAAUACUCAUCCGGAAAGAGACUAUGCAAACCCUGUUAAAACAGUCAUACCAAAUAUUGACAAUGUAGAGCCAGGAUCUUUGGUUAUUUUAUCAAAAGAAUCGCCAGAGGAACCUGGAAAAAGCGUCUUGCAAGUGUACAUGGUCAGUUCCAGUGUUAACGCUUCGAAAAAUGUCGAAGAAUCAAACACAACACCUGUAAAUGUGCCACCGGAACUUUUAGCAACUGUAACUCCUACAUUGUCAGAUAGUGAAUCAAUUAUAAUAAAAGAAGAGUAUGAAUAAGUAAAUAUGAAUUAUUUGUUGGAAGUUGCUCUCUUAAAUCAAUGCAUUGUCACAUAAUUUAUUCAUGGACAUGAUUUAU